AAUUAAUGUCGUCACUCCACACGUCCCCGCUAUCGCCGAUGCCUACUUACCUACCCCACGACCCUUUCCAGACCAAUUCCUUAUCGAUACUGAGUUUUCUGUUUGGACUCUACCAUAAAUCCGCUUUCAGGUUGUCUCGUACAGCUACAGCCAGUCCCAACGCCGCUGAUAAAUUCCCACCAGGCGUCUUUGUCUGCGACAAGUCUCUUUGCCAUGGCACCUCGGCGCCCAGAUAAGAAAUCCAAGAAGUCGGGCAAAGGCGCCAUCUCGCGUGCCGCUGGAGGGGGCAGCGCCAACAACGAUAAGCCCGUGUCCCCACAAGUUCUCGUCAAGGCCGCCGAGUUCCAGCUCCAGGAAGGCAAUGUGCAGGACGCCGCCACGCUCGCGGAAAAGGCCCUCGAAGGGUCAUCUCCAGGGAGCGACGAUGCGCUCUCUGCCCUGAACUUCCUCGGGCAAAUCAGUCUCGAGCUAGGCGACUUUGAGACGGCGCGAGCUUAUCUCUUGCGCGCGGUCGCGAUUGACGAAGACGGGGCUAAGGACGAGACCAUUGGUGGCGGCCCUGAGAAAUUCCUCACGCUGGCGCAGCUGAGCGAGGAUGGCGGCAAGGAUAGCGUCGGCUGGUUUGAGAAGGGCGCUGCGGCGUUGAAGGCGCGGAUCCAGACUCUCGAGAGCGCGAAAGGGAAGGACAAGCAGAGCGAUGAGCAGACGAUAUUAUUAGACGAGCUGCGGAAAAAGCUCGCCAUGACGCUGUGCUCGGUCGCCGAAGUCUAUAUGACCGACCUGUCGUGGGAAGAGGACGCCGAGCAGCGCUGCGAGUCCCUUACUACCGAAGCCACCAUGGUCGCGCCCGACUUUGCUGAGACGUGGCAGACCUUGGCCAACGUGCGCAUUUCACAAUCUAGAUUCGACGAUGCUAAGGCCGCGCUGAACCGUAGCCUCGAACUAUGGAAAGAUUUACCACCUGAAGAUCCUGCUGUGCCUGAUUUCCCCAGCAGAGUCGGUCUGUCUAGGCUACUUAUGGAGGUUGAGAUGGAGCAAGAGGCCAUCGAGGUGCUGGAAAGACUUGUAGGGGAGGAUGACCAGAGCGUGGAGGUUUGGUACUUGGGUGGUUGGAGUCUCUAUGUCACAGGCGAGAAGCAAAAAGAAAAGAAAGCCGAGGAAGACUGGAAAGCCUCGUGGAUAUCGAGUCGUGUGUGGCUGAACCAAUGUCUUCACCUUUACAAGUUACAAGAUUACGAAGACGACAGGUUAGGGGAGCACGCCAAAGAACUCCUUGCUGCAAUUGCCAAGGAACUUGGGGAAGCGCCCGCUGGUGACGACGACGACGACGAUGUGUGGGAGGACGAUGAGAGCGAUGAGGAGAUGAAGGAAUGAAACUUUUUCUAUCAAGAAAAUAAUUCGGUGAAGACGAGUGGGGUUCACGAACAUCUGGGACAUUGGCAAUUUGGCAUGAUACCGGAGUCUGGAGUCUAAAAUA